UCUCUUUCUCUUACCGCCUCAGUCUUUAGUUUUUCUCUCUCUACAACUUCCGCACUUAUCCUUAAAUCAAGGCUUUUUGUUACUCUUUUCUAUCAUUUUCUCAUCAACCAAACACCUCUCUCUCCUCUUGGCUUAGAUUUUUUUUCUGUCCCCUGAGAAGCUGAAACAAUUAUUGUAUUUAAUGGACCAAGAAUCCAAAGAUAACAGGAAACGACCCAGGGAUGAGUCCGACCAGGACACUCCUGAGGCUAAACUCGCACGGGUUGAGUCUGAUGGAGACUCGCUACAUCUCGGUGAAAGCCCUGUGGACAAUGAAAACUCGGUUGUGAACACGUGCGAGGACGGUGAUAAUCAUGUAACCUCGAAUGUCUCGGGUCUUAACUCUCCAGAUGCUAAGCGGAUUCAGGACGAUUUGCUUAACAUUCUUGAUGAGUCGGAUGAACCGAUUAUUCAAGGCCUCGAUUCGGUUAUCAGAAGCUUUGAAGAAGAAAUCCUCGUGCCGGAUUUUGGUACGGGUACGGCGAAUGCGGAGUCGUGUGGAGUUGGGUCCCAGCCGGAGCUUGGCUACCUUUUGGAAGCCUCCGAUGACGAACUAGGUUUGCCGCCGACAUUUUCCGGUGAGGAAAAGAGUAGCGAAGUGAAUUUGGCUGCUGAAACUGGCGGAUCUGGUGCCGCAAGUUUCUGUGAAAUGAUAGAAUUCGAGAACGUGAUACCGAGUUUUGACUCGUUUGAGUUUGGACUGACAUGUGACUCGGAUGGUAAUAGUUAUAACAGUAGCUAUAAUGACAGCGGAGAUUUUGUGGCGUUAGGUGGAUUGUUUGACUACUCCGACGAGAACUGUACGCCGGCCGGUGAAGUAGCGGGUUUGCAGUGGCAGCCCGAGUCGCUUUCUGCCCUGUAGAAAUAAUGACGUUAAAAAUAACUAGGAAAAAAAGAAAUAAAAACGUUUCAUGUUAUCCGGAGUUUUGACCGUUAACGAUCCGUUUCGUUGAAAGUUGGUUGUGAAUAGUGGUAGGUUGUAAAUUUGGAGGACAAUGAAAGGAAAUUCGGAAGCGGAAAUAUUAAUAUGUUACUUCUAUUAUUCCUUUCC